UAAAAACUUGAACGUAUGGUACUAUUUAAAGGUUACAUGUCCAGUUAUAUUGUAGUGGCUAAUAGGGAAGAGUAAUCCAAACGAUAAAACAAAUAUAAAUUGCAACAACAGCUUAUAAAUUUAAAACUUUUUGUUUUUAUAUACUUAACAGAUUGUUAAUUAGAUCUAGUUAUAAAAAUGACUUAUUAUCAACUUUCAACGCUAUGUUUUAUUUUAAUUAUUAUAAAUGAUGGUUUGUAUGCGCUUAACAAUGGAUUAGCUUUAACACCGCCAAUGGGUUGGCUAGCUUGGCAGAGAUUUAGAUGCACAAUAGACUGUAAUACGUUUCCAGAUGAAUGUGUUAGUGAACAAUUAUUUAAAACAACGGCCGAUUUAUUAGUAAGUGAAGGCUAUGCACAGGUAGGAUAUGAAUAUGUUAUCAUCGAUGACUGCUGGCUAGAACCAAAUCGAACCGUUGAAGGUAAACUACAAGCAGAUAAAAAAAGAUUUCCAAAUGGAAUUAAAGCUCUUGCAGACUAUGUUCAUUCCAAAGAGUUGAAAUUUGGAAUAUAUGAAAAUGUUGGGUCAAAAACAUGUGAAGGUUACCCCGGUAUAGAAGGGCAUGAAGAAGUUGACGCUAAUACAUUUGCUGAAUGGGGAGUUGAUUAUGUUAAACUUGAUGGAUGUUAUAUAGACGAACAUCGAAUGGAUAUAGGUUUUCCACAAUUUGGUAAAUACUUAAAUAAAACUGGUAGACCUAUAGUUUACUCGUGCUGUUGGCCAUUCUAUCAAGAAGGAAAAGGAAUGAAAGUAAAUUAUAAAUUAGUAGCUGAAAAUUGUAACUUGUGGAGAAAUUAUGGUGAUAUUCAAGAAUCAUAUAGUUCACUAAUGGGAGUUGUAGAUGUAUUUGCAGCAAAACAAGAUUAUUGGGCACAAUUUGCCGGUCCUGGACAUUGGAAUGAUCCUGAUAUGCUAUUAAUUGGUAACUUUGCAUUAAGUUAUGAGCAAUGCAAAACACAAAUGGCUCUAUGGGCUGUUUUAACUGCACCUCUGAUGAUGUCAAAUAAGCUGUCCACUGUACGUCCGGAAUUUAAGAGUAUACUUCAGAACAAAGAAAUAAUUAAUGUAAAUCAAGAUAAACUUGGUAUACAGGGAAGAAGGAUUUAUUUGGAUCAAGGUAUUGAUAUUUGGGCAAAACCAAUUGAACCGAUAGAUGAAGAAUAUUACUCCUAUGCAUUGGCAUUUGUUAAUCGCAGAACCAUGGGUACACCAUUUGUUUAUGAAAUCUCACUGAAAAAUUUAGGACUAACUAAUCCUAAAGGUUAUAUCAUCAUGAAUUUAUAUACAAAAGACGACACUGUGAAACAUAUAUUGAAACCCAGUUCACAGAUAAAAGUACUAACAAACCCAUCAGGAGUUGUUUUUUUAAAAGCAAAUGUCGUCACAAAGUACCAUUUUACAAAGUUUGAAUAUACUAUGGAUAAUGAUACAUUCUUAUUCAAGUAAUUAUUUCUCAGUACAUCAUCAAGGAAUGAUCAAUUUAACAUUUUAAAUAAUAUAAGAAUUACAACUAUUGUAAUAAGUUCAGAAAUAGUACAAAAUUAAAGAAAUAUUAUAUAGAAUAUACUAGUAUACUUGUUGGAUUUUUGAUAUGUUACAAAAAUAAUAGUUCAACCACUUGUUGUAACCAUUUAAGCAAAACCUCGGCGCAGCUAUCACCACAGGCAACCGCAGCUGGACGUCUAUCGUAUUUUAGUACUUAGUUAGAUAAGGCCACUUGGCAUACUUUAAGAAUAUCUUUGUCAUUUUUGAGGCAACAUGUUCCAGGGCACCUCAUUUCCCUACAUGGGAACACUGCAUGGCCUCUGUGAUCGCCUAUUUUGUAGCUCUGUAAUUACUUUUUAUGUUGGUACCUCAAAGGGAAAAUUUUAAUUGAAAAACCUUGCACUUUUGAGGACUUUUCACGAGCGAUUACAAGGAAAAUUCAAGCGAUUCCAGUCGAGAUGUUUGGCAAGCCUAAUGACAACUUUUCAGCUCGUUUACGGGAGUGGUUGCAAAAGAAUUA